CAAUGGAUGGAAUAUAAAUGUUUUUAUUUCAUAAUAAUUCAUGAAACUCUUCUCGAGCGAUUUUUUACCUAAUUAUUGUUGUUAAAACUAGUAAUUGGUCAGCUACGGCCAGAGUGGGAAAUAUUUCGACAUGAAUAUCCUACCUAAAAAAAGAUGGCAUGUGAGAACAAAAGAGAACAUUGCAAGAGUGAGAAGAGAUGAAGCUGAAGCAGCAGAAAAAGAAAAAGAAGAGAGAUUGAGAAUUGAAAAUGCAGAUCGGGAAGCCAGACUUAACAUACUGAAGCAUAAAAGUAAAGAAAAGUUGCUUGAACUAGGCAUCAGUGACCAAGAGCCUCAUCCUGAAACAUCCCAACCUCAACAACAAGAGCACAUCAAUCUAUUUGUUGACUUAGAGCAUGCCGUUAAAGCAACAAAUAAAGAUCAUGACAAAGAAGUCAAAGAAAAAAAGGAAGAGUAUGAAAAGAAAAUUGGUUAUCUCACUUACUUAGGACAGGAUACCAAUGAGGCACUCAAAAAGAAAAAUUGGUAUGAAGUCUUGCCAGAUGCAUCUAGGUUUUCAAGGUCCAGUGAAAUCAAGGAUACUUAUGACAAAUUGGUACUCAGAGACGAAGAUGGCAAGUCGAGGACAAAAGAAAGUGAUAUUAAAAAUGGAGAAGUUGCCUGGAAGGCCAAGCAAAAGUUAGAUCCACUUCAGCAGUUUAGUCAAUAUUGCACUGGGAAAAAUAAUAGUGUAUCUACAAGUAAAAGUUCAAAUAAAAUUGAAACAGCUGUAACUAGUCCACAAAGAAAGAGUAAACAUAAACAUAAAAGUAAAAAGCACAAGAAAGACAAAGAUGAAAAACAAAAGAAGCUUCUUAAGCUCAGAGAGGAACGGUUGAAACGAGAACAAAAAGAGAAACUGAAAACAGAGAUGUUUUUGAGUGGACUCAACCCCACAACCACUCAGAAGCAGCCAGAAUCUGGUGUAACAAGAGUUAAACCAAAAUAUAAUUCACAAUUCAAUCCUGAGCUUGCUAGACAAAAUUAUACUUAAGAGACAUGAGCUGUUAAUUUAUGCAAUGCAUAUGGUUAAAGAAUAGACUAAGCUAAUUAACGUCACUGUGACUUAUUCAUCACUUUCAUUUGGUUUUGUUUGUCAAAUGGUUGAUAUCUAUUCUGUUACUUCUAGUAAUAUGCAG